CAUACUAAUAUUUACUGUUAUUAUGACUUUCCUACUGCGUAAACAAUAGAUUACGGCCCGUUUCGAUUUACGUAGAAAUUCUCCGCCGUACGAACGGAACUCCAUUGUAAACCUCGGACCUUCUGAGGGAAAAAAAAAAAAAAGGAGUGAAAAAAAAAUCAGUUUUCUGCACAUCAAGCGUUUGAUGCUGUCAGUAAGCACUCACGCACUCGCAUACAUUAAAGCCCCGCUGUAGGCACCAUGAAAUAAAUGUCAUUUUUAUGCGAAACUAUAAAUCUAAACGCUGUAAAAGCUCAUUUGAUUGUAAAUUCACUAUUUCCGGUUGCCUUUGAACCCAACACACGUGACGUACGCAACAGGAAGUGCCCGCAAAAGUUGCGCUGGCCGCUUAAUUUUUUUUCCCCCCACUGAUAGUUUCCAGCUCAACUGAACUCCGUUACUACACAUUUUAUAACAAACAUAUAUAUUUACAAAUGUAUAGCUAUUUCUUUUGGGAGCAGCAUUAAGUAGCCGGGUUGGCGUUUGUUGAGAUGGAGGAUGUGGUGCCACCUGAGGAGUACGUUGUCCUCUGGAGCUUUCAUGGGCGUUGCAGUGAAGAGCAGCUAAGUAUCAGCAAAGGAGAGCGACUGAUGGUCCAUGCCAAGAUCUCCCCAGAGUGGUGGUGGGCUGAGCUGCGGGGGGUCUUUGGAUACGUCCCGGCCAGCUACCUCUACCAGGGAGCCAAUGAAGAUGAGGAGGAGGACGCGUGGCAGGAUGAGGAGUACUAUUUCACGUACGGAACACUGAAUCUUCACUUGGAGAUGUUGUCAGACAAGAGCCGCACAGAAGCGUACAGGCGGGUCAUCGUCAACAACAGCGCUUCUCUGCACAGGAAGGUGGUGAUGGACCUCGGCUGCGGGACGGGCAUCAUGAGCCUGUUCUGCGCUCAGCUGGCACAACCGGCAGCGGUGUACGCCGUGGAGGCGAGCUCGAUGGUGGAGCACACCGAGGAGCUAGUGAAGCAGAACGCUUGCGAGGAGGUGAUCACGGUGCUGCGGGGUCGAGCCGAGGAGAUCCAACUGCCCGAGCAGGUGGAUGUCCUGGUGUCCGAGUGGAUGGGCAACUGCUUGCUCUUUGAGUUCAUGGUGGAGUCGGUCCUGCUGGCCAGAGACCGCUGGUUAAGGGAAGGUGGCACGAUGUGGCCCUCGUCCGCAGCCCUCACCCUGGUGCCAUGUCAAGCCCACAGAUACUACGCCGAUAAAAUGGCCUUCUGGGAGAAGCCCUACGGCCUGGACUUUACCCCGCUUCAGCCACUUGCACUGCAGGAGUUCUUCGCCAAGCCCAAGUUCAGCCACUUAAUGGAGCCAGGCGACCGCCUCGCCUCUCCUGUAGACGUCAUCCGCUUGGACAUGUACACGUUGCAGGUGGCAGACCUGGAGGAAAUGCAGGGCGAGUUCAAGUUUCGCCUGGACCAGUCUGGCGUGUUCCACGGCUUCACCGCCUGGUUCAGCGUUUGUUUCGAGAGCCUGGAGGAGGGGGGAGCGCCGGUGGAGCUGAACACCGGGCCUGACUCUGAGCCGACACACUGGAAGCAGACUCUCUUCAUGCUCGACGAGCCCGUCAGUGUGCGUGCCGCAGACCUCAUUAGUGGAACCGUUAUUCUGCGAAGGAACCCCGUCUGGAGGCGCCACUUGACCGUCACCAUUCACUGGGACAUCAACGGCCACACACAGGAGGAGCCCACAUGCCAGGCAAAUGAAUCACCGACAGUGCAGGAACAUUAUGACAGUGGAGCUACACCAAUAUGAUGACGUGCUUCCCCCUUUCUGAUCUUUAGGCCGGUACUAAGAGCUUCCCUAUGUGGCGCUGACAGCUUCUCACCAUCUGACACAACGCUUGCGUGCUGAGUUUCUGCGUUUUUGAGAUCAGCCUUCACUUGUAACGGAUAAAGACCCCGAAAUGGAAGAGAUUUUUUUUUUUUUUUUUUUUUCCCAGAACUUCUCCAGGACAUUUUUAGUGAUGUACCACAGGCAUGGAUCGCACCACCUUCAAAGCGAAGUUGAAAGACUUUAGAUUCUAGUCUUACAAAUAUGAUGGUGGAACCUCCAAAGUUGAACACAACUUAACCAUUUGGUUAACCUCUGAUUUGCUAUUUAUCCCCAUAGGAACUCAUCAAUCAAAAUGUAAACCAAUUAUUGACUUGGUCCUUUAGUUUUAAGAAAUGACAAGAAUGUGGCAAAAUGUUACUUGAAGAGAUAAUUAUUUUAAUCAUUUUAACAAAAAGUUCAGUGUCCAAAAUUAUUCACACCCUUCGUCAAUAAGUCAUAUCCAAUGUUCUACAUGUCAACUUCAUUAGAAAGCUGAACAUUUUCACAUAAGUUACCAGAAUUGUGCCCAAAAAUAUUUGCUCCCAUUUGUCAAGGAUGUGAAUAAUUUUAUUUUCUUUAAAAUGCACAAAAGCUAUUAAAAUAGUGAUUAAUCCUCCUUAAUAACUCUUAAUACAUUGUACACAGUCUUUUGCCACAUUCUUGUGUCAUUUCUAGCUAAAAGAGCCAUUUGACAAAUAAAAAUGGCCAAUGUAUACCUGCUUUUGGUCUCAACUGGAGCUGGAGAGUCCAAAUAUUUCAAAUUAUUGCACUGCACAGACUACAACCGCUGUGUAAAA